AUGGAACUUACUGAUCUUAAUUCUUCCUCGUUCCCCCCUUCACCAACUUUUUCAUCUUCCAAAGACCUUGUGUUCUCUGUGAGAAAUAUGGAGCUUAUAGAUAUUAAUUCUUCUUCUCCACCCCUCUCCUCACAAACCUGUGAAACUUCCAACGGUGCUUUGUCCUCUGUCAGCACUGUGGAACUUAUCGACCUUAAUGCUUCCUCAUCCUCCUUCAACGAGAACCACCCGAAGCGAGAUGUCAGCCUGCAUAGCCAGAUUGAGCAGACUGAAUAUAGCCCAUGCAACACCUCCUCCGUAAGAAAUGAGGAACCCACUGACCAGAAUUCUUCCCCAUCACUCCUCAGUGAAGAAGUCAGUGGGUCAUGCCUAAAUCGGCAAACUGAAAUCACCGUUCUUUAUGGCAAAACCCCCUGCAACUCUCCUGCAAGAACCACCACCUUCGCCGAGGAUGUAGUUAUUCCCAAGAGAGGACCACCACCACCAGAGACCCCCUUUGGAUCCCAGCAAAACCUCCAGAACUGUCCUGGAACUUUAUCCCUAGCCAUUAUACAGACUGGCAACCCCUCGUGUGCUGCUCAGUGCAGAGAGCAGGGUGGGCCCUGUGCUGCUCAAUGCUCUUUGCUAACAGUUGAUGAUGAUGAAUUCUGGGAAGGCGUGUCCCCUGUGGAAUUUGGGGAUCUGCCUGCACUUCAAGAUGAUGUUACAGUUGUUGGUUAUCCAAUUGGGGGUGAUACGAUCUCUGUAACAAGUGGUGUGGUAUCGCGGAUAGAAAUUCUUUCCUAUGUUCAUGGAUCAACCGAGCUUCUAGGAUUGCAGAUAGAUGCUGCUAUAAACUCUGGCAAUUCUGGAGGACCUGCUUUUAAUGACAAGGGAGACUGUGUCGGUAUUGCAUUCCAAUCACUCAAGCAUGAAGAUGCAGAAAAUAUUGGCUAUGUCAUUCCAACACCUGUCAUCAUGCACUUUAUCCAAGAUUAUGAAAAGAAUGGAACAUACACAGGAUUUCCUAUUCUCGGGAUUGAGUGGCAGAAGAUGGAAAAUCCGGACUUGCGGUUAUCCAUGGGGAUGAAGCCUGACCAGAAAGGUGUGCGUAUAAGAAGAAUUGACCCCACUGCUCCAGAAUUCCAGGUCUUGAGACCAUCAGAUAUCAUCCUUAGCUUUGAUGGCGUUAAUAUUGCCAAUGAUGGAACAGUUCCAUUUAGGCAUGGAGAGCGCAUAGGCUUUAGUUACCUUGUGUCACAGAAGUAUACUGGGGAUGAUGCUGUAAUAGAAGUUCUUCGUGAUUCUAAAUCUCUGAAGUUCAACAUCAAGAUCGGCUCGCAUAGAUGGCUCAUUCCAGCUCACAACAAAGGCCAACCUCCCUCAUAUUACAUUAUUGCUGGUUUUGUUUUUACAACUGUUUCAGUUCCAUAUCUCCGUUCUGAGUAUGGGAAGGAGUACGAGUAUGAAGGCCCAGUAAAGUUGUUGGACAAACUCAUGCACGGAAUGCAGCAAUUACCUGAGGAACAAAUUGUUGUCGUUUCUCAGGUGCUCGUGGCCGACAUCAACAUUGGAUACGAGGACAUUGUUAACACUCAGAUUCACGCCUUCAACGGUCAGCCUGUGAAGAAUCUGAAGAGCUUGGCUAGGAUGGUAGAGAGCUGUGAUGAUGAAUAUUUGAAAUUCGACUUAGAAUACCAACAGAUUGCCGUCUUACAAACAAAGAAUGCGAAAGCAGCUACAUUGGACAUUCUUUCAACCCAUUGUAUACCAUCAGCCAUGUCGGAUGAUCUCAAGGCAUAA